AUGGCUGCUGCUACUCCAGUUAAAAUUGAUAGCUCUCACUUGAACUAUGAGGCCUCCAUCCUUUUCUGGAAACUCAUUGUCAACAUCUUCUUUCGUGAAAUUCGUCCUAGAGGUGCCUUCAACAUCCCUCGCAAAGGCCCCGUCAUAUUUGUGGCUGCUCCUCACAAUAAUCAGUUCCUUGACCCUUUACUUUUAAGUCUGCAAGUGCACAGAGAAACACAUCGGCAUGUCCAAUUCCUCACUGCAGCAAAGAGUUUGAACCGCCAAUUCGUAGGACUAUUCUCGCGUUUAAUGGGCUCGAUUCCCGUCGCGCGUGCUGCUGACGAUGCAAAACCAGGCACUGGGAAGGUCUGCCUUGCGGAAGAAGAUCCAUGUCUUGUCAUCGGAGAGGGAACGCAAUUCACGACCGAGUUUUCACCUCGAAUGCAGAUUAUGUUGCCGAAGACGGUCAAUUAUGCGACUGCGGAGGUUGCAGAAGUCGUAUCAGAUACGCAGCUCAGAAUCAAGAAGGAAUUCGGAGGAGACAGUGGGAAGCGAACAGCUAAAGUGAAAGAAAAGCUCGCAGAACUUCGCAGAGAUGGACAGGUUGGCCUCGAAUUCAAAAUCCUUCCAUACGUCGACCAGCAGCAGAUGUAUCAGUAUGUGUACGAAUCACUAAGACAUGGGGGUAGUAUUGGCAUAUUUCCUGAAGGUGGUAGUCAUGAUCGUACAGACCUUUUACCGUUGAAAGCUGGAGUAUCAAUAAUGGCUCUAGGUGCAAUGGCGAACGAUCCGGAAUGUCAUGUCAAAAUCGUUCCUGUUGGGUUUUCUUAUUUCCAUCCCCAUCGAUUCCGUUCUCGUGCAGUCAUCGAAUUUGGGUCCGCAUUAGACGUACCUACCGAGUUUGUGGAAAUGUAUAAACAGGGCGGCGUUCAAAAACGAGAGGCCGUCUCAAAAUUUCUCGAUCUGAUAUACGACGGGCUGAAAACAGUCACAGUACGGGCUCCUGAUUACGACACACUUAUGUUGAUACAAGCUGCGCGGCGACUAUAUAAGACACCUGCCCAGCAUCUAACACUGGGUCAAGUUGUCGAAUUGAAUAGACGUUUAUUGGAAGGCUACACGCACUUCAAAGAUGAGCAUCGUAUCCAGAAGCUGCGCCAAGAUGUUCUCAAAUACAAUCGUUUAUUGCGCGAUUUGGGACUACGUGAUCAUCAGGUACCUAGGGCCCAAAAAGCCAAUUGGAAAACUUUGGGGUUGUUGACAUAUCGCGUUGGCUUACUCAUUGUCUGGACCAUUUUCGCCCUCCCCGGUACAAUAUUAAACGGACCAAUCUUCAUACUCGCCUCUAUCUUAUCCAGGCAAAAAGCUAAGGAGGCACUUGCUGCUUCCACGGUCAAACUCAAAGGGCGGGAUGUCCUCGCAACUUGGAAGGUUCUCAUCUCACUUGGUGUUGCCCCUGUGUUGUAUCUGCUAUAUGCCUUCCUUGCGACUCUCAUUGCGAUCCGUGCGAACGCGACAACGAAAUGGAAAAUCAUGACCCCGCUUAUCGUCUUCAUGGCAUUGCCUUUCAUGAAUAUCGCUGCAUUAAAAUUCGGUGAAGCAGGAAUGGAUGUUCUAAAAUCCCUUCGUCCUCUGGUGGUAGCAUUAGUUCCCGGACAACAGCGAACCCUUGAUAAACUAAGAGCCAUGAGAGAGCAACUUUCUAAUGAAGUGGCCGACGUUAUAAACGAUUUUGGUCCAAAACUUUAUGAAGAUUUCAACCAGUGGCGAAUGUUACCUUCUGCUAGUGCUCCUCCGUCGUCCGGCACACCCGGCUUAUGGCGGAGGAAGAGUAGCACUGGGGCUGUUGACGCACAGGGUUUAGGAUUGAUUCAUCCGAUGACUUGGAUUGACGAGCGAUUGUUCGGAUGGAGUAGGAGUGCCCAUCGUGGUACCAGCGCGUGGGCUGGGUCUUUCGAAGAACCCAGUCAUACUGGCACACCGGAAGAUUCAGAUGAGGAAGACGCAGGCGACUACGAUCAUGUCAUUGGACUUGUACCGGGUCAUGAUGAUCAUUUGGGCAGUAAAACUCGCAGUCGUAAUAAUUCUUAUGCAAAUCUGCAACGCCUUCGUCUCUCAUCAUUGGCACAAACGACUGGGACGGAUGUUCCUUCUGCGUUCAGCCCUUCGUCUCCUGAUGACGAUGGCUUGCAAAUUCGGACUGGACAUCGAGCCAGGAGGGAAAGCCUCUCUGAUGGAGUUCCGGUGCAGCGAUUGGCUGCUGUGGACCGACGAGAACCUUUUCCUGACGCCACUGGAGAUCUCAACGAAGAGAUUCGUCAGGGAAAAACUGGACAGUCAAUAAUAUAA